AUGGCCCUCCAGACGACAGUCGCAAACGUAUCCUCGGUCGCCCUGAGGAUAUGUGCCGUUGUCUUUUUCAGACUUGCUCAUUUCCCUUCAAUUGCAUUUGCACUCUUCGCCAUCUAUGUUCCCUCUUACAUCGCGACCUACUUCUCCAAACCCCAAGUGGAGGUCCUCAAGGAUGAAGUCGACGUCACAGUGAAAGAGUCCGCCAUUACAUCUACAACACCGUUGUUGACCAGAAACGGUGUCGCAGUCGCCCCCGAGCCUGAAGUUGUUACCGAUGUGGUUGACAUCAAGGAGAAGAUUGUCGUUGGUGAAAAGAUUCCUAGCGCUUUCAAGAUCCUCUUGCUGGGAGCUCCCAGCGCCAGACGCCCCAUUGCCUCAUUCCUGACCUUCCUUAUCAACGUCAUCUUCAUCGCCUUGACAGCCGACGCUUUGUUCCGUGCGAGAUGGUACUACCCUGCCGAUGACCUCUCCUUCGUUCGUCUUGGAUACGUCUCCCCAUCUGAGGCUCGCUUCAUCAUCCGUGAACCUGAUCAGACAAAGCUGCCCAUCACAUUCGAAUACCACAUUCAGGAUCCCCAACUAUCAGCUGAGACCAACUUGUGGUUGACUGCAGGCUUUGUCACCUCGACCACUAACAGCACCGACUUCACAACAACUCUGACUGUGCCCCUUGACGACUCAAAGCAGAGAAAGUAUGAGUGGAGAACCUCCAACAACCACACUGGCGAGUUCCGAUCUGCCCCUAAGCCAGGACAGAUGCCCGACACCGAGAAUGGAUUGUUCACGUUCCUCUCUACUUCUUGCAUCUUGCCUCGAUUCCCCUACAACCCGGUGGAUCAUCCCUUGGCUAUCCCUGGUUUGAGAAACUUGGCAGAGAAGCUUCCCUCGCUGAGCCCUCAGUUUAUGCUAUUCCUGGGCGACUUUAUCUAUGUUGAUGUUCCCGAGCGAUUUGGAAAGACUGUUGAGGAGUACCGCAUGCAGUACCGUCAGGUUUACGCUUCACCAGACUGGGCUCCCGUGGCCCAGAACCUGAGCUGGAUUCACGUCCUUGAUGACCACGAAAUUUCGAAUGACUGGUCUUCAAACACGACUGGCAUUUACAGCGCCGCCGUUGAUCCCUGGCACAUCUAUCAAGCCAACGUCAACCCACCCAAAGCCCAGUCUGCCACACAGAGUGGCCCAAGGAGUAACGCUACUUGGUACGAGUUCACCCAGGGCCCCGCCAGCUUCUUCAUGAUGGACACCCGCAGCUACCGCUCCAGCAACAACCUCCCUUUCAAUGCGACCGACAAGACCAUGCUUGGAAGGGAGCAGCUGGCUGACUUGCUGUCUUGGUUGGCCCGUCCUGAGCCCCAGGGAGUUCGAUGGAAGUUCAUUGCUUCGUCCGUCCCCUUUACCAAGAACUGGCCUGUCAAUGUCAAGGAUACCUGGGGCGGUUUCCUUACGGAGCGAAAGCUGAUCCUUGAGGCCAUGUGGGAUUCCGGUGCACGAGGCACAGGCGUCGUUAUUCUGUCCGGUGAUCGACACGAGUUUGCUGCCACCAGGUUCCCUCCACCUGUCGGUUCGCGAUGGCCUCAGUCUGCUGCCGCUCACGAGUUUUCCACCAGCCCUCUGAACCAAUUCGCUGCUCCUUUCCCGACAUAUAAGCAGACAGAUGAUGAAGAUGUUAUGAUGAACUAUAUCCCCGGUGGCAUCUCCAAGUUUGGUUCCUUCUCGAUCGACAAGCAGGGAGAGAAGAGCAGCCUCAACUACACACUCUACAUUGAUGGCAAGGAGACUUGGACAACACUGGUCGAGGCCCCGGAGGCCCCGGAGGGCUUCAAGUCUCCUCCCUCGAUCUGGGACCGGCUUCACCAGUUUUUUUAG